AUGGGCGGACGCAUCCACGGGUUCCUCGGCGGGGUGCUUUUAGCCCUGCUGUUGACGUACUACACUGGGGAAUACAUCAAGAAGAACGCCUCGAUCGCGUCCCGCUCCCUCCAGAUGCUGGACGACAUCAUCAACAAGCGGAUGUUGUCGACCCACAACGAAUGGGACGACGUCGUGCCGGUGACGUCAAAGGUCGAGUUCAUCCAACGUCCGUUUGCCGAAUCGUGCAAGGACAUCUGGAACCAGGAAAUCAUCACCGCCGUCAACUGGCUCUACUCGAUCAACUGGUACCGUUUGGGCGAAAAAGCCGACGAACUGUUGAACAAGUUGACCGACAAGCUUGCCCACCUGGCCUACGAAAAGAAGCAAUAA